GCAUGGAAAAAAAAACCCAGACAUGGACGAGCCUGCACAAAAUGGCUCCUCACACACACUCACACUGACCACAGCCCGAACACGGUGACCAUAAGAGAAGCGACGGGGACGCGUGAAUCUUUGGAUUAUCCAUUAGCAUCCCACACUAGUGGCCACACUUCUGCUUUUAUUCUCUUGCAUCGCAGCCAGACAGGAUGAUGGAGAAACUGAAACGUGAGCGCGCGAGCCCGGGCGCUGAGGAUGAGCAGAAGGAGGAGUGCAGCUCACCGGGACGCGACACUGCUGGGGAGGAGGGCGAGGCGCACGGGAAACAGGAAGGCACGACCACCACCACGACGAGCACGACGUCCGAGUUUGCUGAGAGCGCGCGGAGAGGAGCCCACCUUCUCCUCCUUAACGGCGUUGCCAAGGAAACGGCGCACGGCGGCACUGAGCCAAAACAGGAAGUGGCAGUGAUCGAGCUGGCCACGAGAGGCGAUAUAAAAGGCGCUGAGUUUGAGGCGGACGGCAGACACACGGUGCAGACCACCGAGUUGCGCAGACCUCCAGUUCCUCUGCCGCUGCCCCCGAGGGAGCCGCCUAACGAAGCCAAGCGAAUGGUGCAGCUGAGCCCUGCCGCCUUCCCUGCUCUGCCCGCCCGCGCCAUGCUCUACAGCAACAUGGCGCAACCGCUCGCCACUCUCAACAGUGGCUUCGCUGGGGACGCGGAGCAGUACGGCAUGUACCCCAGUAACCGCCUGAAACGCAGAGCUGCGCCCUACGAGAUUGAGAUCAGCGAUGGUAGGACUAUUUUAGAUCUUUCUAAGUAUGGUUCACAGCCGAAGAUAGUGCGCCGCAUCUUCACAAACAGCCGUGAGCGCUGGAGGCAGCAGAACGUGAACGGCGCCUUCGCUGAGCUGCGCAAGCUCAUCCCCACUCAUCCUCCUGACAAGAAGCUGAGCAAGAACGAGAUCCUGCGCCUAGCUAUGAAGUACAUCAACUUCCUGGCCAAACUGUUAAAUGACCAGGAUGACAUGAUGGGUGGGGAGGCUGCGGCUCGGGUGCGAGAUGGACGGGACGGGGGUCUGGUGAGGGAAGACCUCCUGCAGGACAUGCUGAGUCCAAACUCCAGCUGUGGGAGCCUCCUGGACGGAGAAGGUAGCCCAGACAGCUUCACCGAGGAGCAGGACUCAUCGGUGGAGUCCCGAGCGUCUGGGAGAGGACUGCACCACUCGGCCAUGACUGUGGACACCAGUAACCAGCGAUGACUGAGCGCAAACAGAGAAAGAGACUCGAGCAAAUCAGUGUGGAGUGGAUA